CAAUAGUUGAUGGGAAUUAAGAUGACAGCAUAUCUACUAUGUCAUGUGAUCCAUUACACAUCCAAGGAGGUCCAGUCAUGCGAGCUAGAGCUAAGAAGAUGUGUGAAGCUUUAAAUGGCCUUAUUGAGCAGAUCUGGGUUGAAAACAACAUACAACAAGCAAAUCGAAGUUUGGAUGAUUAUUAAGGCAUGGUAAACAUCAUUCAGGUUCAAGAGAAGCUUAGUUAAGAACUUAUCAAGAUUAUUCUUGUGGCAUUCUAACCUGACUUAUCAUUCUUGUUCUUAAUCGUUCAAGGGUGUGGCGUCAACCAACUUUAUACCUCUGGUUCUUGUUGCGUCAUAGACAACGGGUCAAGGUUUUUACCUUUGGUUCUUGUUGCGACAUAAACAACGGGUCAAGGUCCUAUCAUAAACCUGAUUUAGCUUUCCUGGAGUUUACAAAUCCCUUGUUGUGCUGUGGGUCUCAUUGUUCUC